AUGAAGUCCACAAUUCCUACUUUGUGCUGCCGGCGCAGCUCCGGUCUGCGAUCCGCCGCGCUUCGCCCUGCCCGGUACGCAUCCACGUCCCCGUCCCCGACCCCAACCCCGUCCGCCGCUCCGCCCGCAUCUCCGAAAUCUCGCCGCUGGCUGGGCAUCGUCGUUGUGAGCGCCGUGGCAGCCGGCGCCGGCGCCUAUAUUCGUUCCCAAGGACCUGGAUCGGCUACGUUGAACCAAGAGACGUUCACCAAAUACAGCCUUGUCUCCAGAGAGGCGGUCUCCUCGACCAGCAGUGUGUUCACCCUGCGGCCACGAUACCAUAGCGACGAAAACUACGAUGUCUACGAAGACGCCUGGCGCACCGGCGUAUGGAGUGUGAUGUUCAAGCAGCCGCAACUCCAGAUCGGUCGAGACUAUACCCCCUUGCCUACCACCGAAGCGACAUCAUUGACCGUGGAUGAGGAGAACGAGGGAUACCUGCGGUUUUUCAUCCGCAAAGACCCAUUUGGAGAGGUCUCCCGAUAUCUGCAUAGCUUGGAAAUUGGUGCAGACAUCGAAAUGCGAGGACCACAGAUCGAAUGCUCCAUCCCAGAAGAGACUCAAGAGAUCCUGUUCAUUGCGGGUGGGACGGGAAUUGCACCGGCCUUGCAGGCUGGAUAUUCUCUUUUGAACCGGACAACAACCCAAAACCGACCAAGGAUACAUAUUCUCUGGGCGAGUCGCCUAAGACAAGACUGUCUCGGGGGCGUAAGUGACACGCCGAAUGGCCCCGUAUCCACCGGGUCGUGGUUCUGGGGCUGGUUUGGUUCUUCUAAGAGCAGUGCCUCGGAGAGUCAGGCCGUCCCUGCAGUCUCCCAGAAUCAAGCUUCUUCUCUCAUUGUGCGAGAGCUCGAGGCGCUCAAGUCACAAUACCCGGGACAAAUCACGGUGGACUACUACUUAGACGAAGACAAUCGAUUCAUUGGGAAGAAGGAUAUUUCGCAAUUCAUCGAGUCCACCAGUCCCGCCGUCGAGUCUGGUAAGAACAAACUCAUAUUGGUAUCAGGCCCCGAAGGCUUUAUCAGUUACAUGGCUGGUCCGAAGGUCUGGGCGCAGGGCAGGGAGAUUCAAGGUCCACUACAAGGAAUUAUCAAGGAGCUGGAUCUGAAGGAAUGGGCUGUUUGGAAACUUUAA